GGGUUUUCCUACGCUGUGUAGCCCACGCUUUUUAACAAUGCUUAUUUCCAAGUGAGCUUGCAACCAAGAUGUUUGGCCUGCUAUUUAACUUUUACAAUUUCUGCAAGAAGAAAACUGAACGCAAGAUCACCCUAGCGCUUCUUGGGUUAGACAACGCCGGAAAGACAACACUGCUAAAUACUUUAAAAGGCGAGGUUGACCAAGACACGACUCCAACGUUCGGCUUCAACAGCUCUACUUUACAUGAAGGCAAAUACAAAAUAGAGGUCUUCGAUCUUGGAGGUAGUAAAACUAUUCGCAGCGUCUGGAAAAAGUACCUGGCUGAGGUGCAUGCCAUUGUCUACGUCGUGGACGCGGCCGACCCACAGCGCUUCGAGGAGUCACGGAAAACAAUCCAGGAUGUCCUCGACAAUCAGUAUAUGCUCGACAAGCCUAUUCUCAUCUUUGCAAAUAAGCAGGACCUACCUACCGCGGCCUCGGCCGCUGAGGUCAUCAAAGGUCUGGGCAUGGCUACCUGCAGAAACAACCACAACGUAGUCCCUUGCACCGCGAAAACACCCGCGGGCCAGCCUAUCGAUCAGCGCCUGCGAGAAGGCCUUCGAUGGGCAGUGAGUUGCGUUGACCGAGAGUACGGCAGGCUAGACGCGCGCGUACAGACAGAAGCAGAAGCAGUAAGACAGGAGGAGGCGCGCAAAAAGAAGGAACGCGACGAGCGCCUCAAGCGGCAACGUGAGGAGCGGCUGCGGCUCCAGAAGCAGGAGGAGGAGCGAGCUCGGGAGGUGGAGAAGGAGAACGCGCUGCAUGACGGCAAGGGGGCAUCGCUGCUGGCGGUUACAGCCAACGGCCAGGCUGAGCAGCAGCAGGCGCCUCCGUCUGGCGGGCUACCGUCGGGUCUGGGGCACCUGCAGCUGCAUCAUGGGUUGGCGCUAGGGCUGCCGCACACAAUAGACAGCCCCGGCAAGCUGCCAGCCACCGGCCACCCGCCGGACCUGCCGCCCGCCUCCGACCUCAUCCCCGCCCAGCAGGACCAAGGGCAGGACUCGAACCGGGGUCUCGCAGCCGCUGCGCCGGCAGCCUCCAGCGGCACCGGCGCCGCUCUGCCGCCGCUGCGCGUUCCGCCACACUGCAUGGGGACAGCUGCGGCGGCGGCGGCGAAGCCACCGCAGCCGUCAGCUGCUGCUGCUGGGGGUGCGGCGUCGAGUCCACCUCCGCGCGGCAGCGACGACGGCGGCCCCGCAGCCGCCACAUCAUGUAGUCCUUUAACAGCAGGGUCAGGGCAGUCCCCGACCCGAACAACAUCCGGAGGUGGUGGUGGUCAAGUCAGUGCUGCUGGCGGCACCGGGAGUAGCAGCGCAGCGACGGCUGGGGUAUCCGCUGGCGGCACGGGCGGGGGCGGGGCCGCGGAGGAGCAGGGAUGGGGCUACGCGCAAC